AAAAAAUAUUUGAAAAAUAGUCGUUAGAGUGAGGAAAUAGUAACAACAAUAUUGGAAGAAAAUAUUGGACAUUAACUUUGUAUUAAUAGUAUUAAUAGUCAAUCAUUGACGAUCUAAUUUUCAAAAUCAUUAAAUCAUGCCUAAAGAAUCAAAAACAAUUUCUCACCACAACAAACAACCCUAUCCAGAAAGUUCUGCACCACAACAAACAAAUGCGAAAAAGAACGUUGAAUUCGUUUGGGAAUCAUAUGAGCAACAAUCUCCGUUAAAAUCCAAACCAAACUUUCCAUCUCCUUCAAACUCUUCGGGAGGGAUGACCCAACUUUUAGGAUUCCAAGACGAUGAUCCAAUUAAUGGUUUUUCAUUUUCUACACCUUCAACAUCAGGAGAGUUAAUGAAUCCUUUUCCAACAUCAGACAAUGAUCUCAAACUAUCUCCACCAAACACAACAACAGCCGAAGAUCCUUUCAAAAAACAUAAUGAUCUUUCCUCCCUAACAUCAGCCUCCUUUCAUAUUGCUUGCACUGCUUGUAGAGAGAAACAUAUCAAGUGUGACAAAAAACUUCCUCACUGUACAUAUUGCAUAAAACAUGGACUAACAUGUCAGUAUCGCAAACCAAAAAAAAGAGGGAGGCCAAGCACUAAGAAUAAGAAUGGUCAAUCUACUGAAGAUGAUGAGAGCGAAAUGAAUGGUAAUAGAGUUCCUACAUUUCCAGAGUCAACUUCAACUAUGAUCAGCACAGCCAACCAAAAUUUCCAAAUGGACGAAUUCCCUCAAAAUUCUGGUGACAUGACUGGGUGGUUUUUCAAUCAACAACAAAAUUUAAAACAACAACAAACAGAAACUCAAUUGAGUCGGGUUGCCUCUAGCUCCACUACUAACCCAAUCAUGAUGAAUGAAACAGAAAUUGAUAUGGCAGGCUUCUCACAAAUGCCACACGUCGAUUUUAAUAAUGAAAGUUUAAUGGCAUUAAUAAGGAUGAGCAGAGAUUUAAACAAACAACUAAUGAAAAGAUUAACAGUUGAUGACUAUUACAGAUCCACAUCAAUGCCACUCAUUGAUCAACGAUCAGUUGAACAAAUUUUCUUCUCUGAAAAACGUAGUGCGGAAGCAAAUUGUUUUCUGUAUAGUAUCCACAUGCUUAUGUGUCAAAGAAGAGGAUUCAAAGAAGAAUCUGAAAGAGCAUACGAAAAAACAAGAGCAAUGCUUUCUAGUGUAUUUGAUCAAUGGAGAUCUUUCUUAACAGCAUGUACAUAUUGCAAUCUUUCAAUUUAUUGCUCAGGAGAGGGAAACGAUGCAGACGCAGUAUUUUAUUUGAGCUUUGUGGACUAUUAUUUCUCUCAGUUGAAGGAAAAAUUUUCACUAGGACAGCAAAAUCUACGAUAUCUCAAGUCUAUCGCCGAGAUGGCAGCAGGUAUUGGUGUAUGCAGUGAGAAACCAAUUUAUGAUGAGUUGGCAGAGGUGGAUGCAGAAUCCCUAAGCAAACAAUGUCAUCAUGAUGUUGCUAAUCUUUUGGUUGGCUUUUACAAGUAUACAACAGGAAAAAAGAAGGUUCCUCCAGAAUUAUUACAAAUAACCUCACAAACAAUCAAUCAGGAUACAAUAUUCCUAUACUUGACAUUAUUUGAUAUGAUUACCAAACUAGUAACACAACACGAAGCCAAUAGACAAAAAAGUCUUACUCCUGAACAAGAAGAAAUUUCAAAAGCAAUUUGUGACGCUUUUAUCAAUGGUACUCGUGUUUUAAUACUUCAACAAUGCGGCUAUAAGGGAAAGGUCUUGGAAGAUGCAGCUAAUAGAAUUGCAGAAAUUUUUUCUAAUGAAAUUUCUAUUGGGUUUGCAUCUCCACUGUAUAUGUCUUCUGUGAUAGCUACUUGUCAGGUACAUAUUGCUAUCAUUGAAGAAAUAGAGAGUGGAGCUAGAAGUAACUUUGAGUUUGGAGUUGAUUAUUAUUCCAUGAUUGAUAAGGAUAUCAAGGCUAUGAAUUAUUUGGAAAAGCAAUUUGGAAGAGUUCGUAAACGUUACUCUCAGAUUAUUUACCGUUUAGAAUCCAUUAAACGAAGAAGGGAGAUGGAAGUAUCAAAGCUUGUGGUAAACGAGAUAGAACGACUCAAAUCCAUGCGAAAUGGUGAUGGAAAAAUCAACUUUGACAAGAGUUUCCUAUCCCAGGAACAUUUGUCAUCUAUUUACAGCCUGUUCCACAACAACAAUGGAGAAGCUGUAAACAGUAACCAACAACAACCAAUAUUUAUUAACAUACCUAAUGAGAAUAUUCCACAAUCAUCUGCUACAACUGAAGUGCCCAACUUUGGAAGAAACUUGGAAGACAGCUUCGAUGAUAUUUUAAACAAUUUGUAAACAAUAAAUAUUCUAUAAAACCUAGGUAUAU